AUGCAUUCCCAGUGCGACAUCUGUGAUAACCCCCUUCCGAUCGCUCACGAGUUCUAUCAUUCGGGUGAUCUUGUCAUCGGUCAGAUUGUCGCUCAUAUUCUCAUGAUGCAUGGUUCUCCUUCUUUCCUGGAACUGCCCAAGGAGACGUUGAUUAAAGAGCCUAUAUCAGUGAUCAAGUACUACCAAUAUCUCUUGGCCUUGGUGUUUGCUGUUAAAGAGAUGAACGAGUCUCCUAACAUUUUACCAAAUAUCACUUUGGGAUUUCACAUCCUCAAUGGCUACUACCUCCCAAGGAUGAUGUAUAAAGUCACUCUAAGCCUGCUUACCGCACACCAGAGCUUUGUUCCCAACUUCAUGUGUGACCCACAGAAAAAACUCAUAGCUGCCAUUGGAGGACUAGUCUCUGAAACCACUGCCAACAUGGCCGCCAUUUUGUCCAUCUACAACAUUCCACAGUUCUCCUAUGGAUCAUUUUCCCCAGUGCAAGAUGACAAAAUGCUAUUCUCUUCUUUAUAUCAGAUGGUCCCAAAUGAAGACUAUCAGUUCAGGGGAAUUGUACAUUUACUUCAGUAUUUCAGAUGGACAUGGAUUGGGCUCAUUUCUGUGGAUAAUGACAAUGGAGACAGAUUUUUACAGUCAGUGGUCCCUUUGCUUUCCCAGAACAAGAUCUGUUAUUCCUUUGUACUUAGAAUGCCAAAAAGGACCUAUGAGGAUGAAGCAUUCCUGAUGUUUUAUAAGUUUCAGGCGCAAUAUUUAGUUCUCGUGAAGAGCAAAGCCACUGUAUAUUUUGUAUAUGGAGAAGCUCCUUCACUGCACAUUUUGAGAAUGUUGCUUUCGUUGGGAGAAUUGGUUUCAUUGCCACUUCCAGGUAAAAUAUGGGUUGUUACUUCCCACUGGGAAUUUGAAUCUCUAUCCAUUGAAAAGAUUUGGGACACCGAAGCCUUCCACGGGGCCAUAUCCUUUGCAGUUCAUUCUAAUCAGCCACCCGGCUUCCAAAAAUUCCUUCAAAACAUAAGACCCUCCUGGGCAACAGGUGAUGGCUUUAUCCAGGAAUUCUGGGAGCAGGCAUUCAGCUGUUUGUUGAUGCCUUAUAAAAAGAAGGAGGAAAGCAAGACAAUUUGCACUGGAGAAGAGAAGCUGGAAAGCCUUCCUGGAAUUCUCUUUGAAAUGAGCAUGACUGGCCACAGCUACAAUGUCUACAAUGCCGCCUAUGCGGUGGCACAUGCUUUGCAUGAUAUCUAUGUAUCCAGAUAUAGAUAUAGAAGACUGGUUGAUGGAAGGGAGAUGGCAUUUCAGAAUGUUCCGCCAUGGCAGCUCCAUCAGUUUUUAAGGAGCAUGUCCUUCAACAACAGUGCCGGGGACACUGUGCAUUUUAAGGAAAAUGGAGAAUUAGUGGAAGGUUUCGAUAUUAUCAACUGGGUAACUUUCCCAAACAGCUCUUUUGUUAGAGUCAAAGUUGGACAAUUGGAUCCCCGGGCUCCGGAAGGAAAAGACCUGAUGCUUAAUGAUGAUCUAAUAGUGUGGCAUAGAAGCUUUAAUCAGGUGUUGCCUAUUUCUGUGUGCAAUGACCCCUGCCAUCCUGGCUCCAGCAGGAAGAAGAAGGAGGGAGAGAAAUUUUGCUGUUAUGAUUGUGUUCCAUGUCCACAAGGGAUGAUCUCAGAACAGGAAGAUGUGGAUGCUUGUGUCAAAUGUCCAGAAGAGCUCUACCCCAACCACUAUCAAAGCCAAUGCAUUCCUAAAGAUGUAAGCUACCUCUCCUACAAAGAAAUGUUAGGGAUCGUCUUGAUUAUAUUGGCAACUUCUUUCUCUCUGCUUACGGCUUUUGUGCUUGGAAUCAUUAUAAAAAACAGAGCGACGCCCAUAGUCAAAGCCAGCAACCGGCACCUCACCUAUGUUCUCCUCAUCUCUCUUAUCCUUUGCUUCCUCUGCUCUUUCCUUUUCAUCGGACAGCCUGCAAAAGUAACCUGCCUUAUCCAACAAACUGCUUUUGGAACCACCUUCUCUGUGGCCCUUUCCAGUGUGUUGGCCAAAACCAUCACUGUGGUUCUGGCAUUCGUAGCCACCAAACCCGGAUCAGGAAUGAGAAAUUGGGUGGGGAAAAGAGUAGCAAAUUUGGUAGUAUUUUGCUGUUCCUUUAUUCAAGCAGCUAUUUGUAUUAUCUGGCUAAGUACUUCCCCUCCCUUUCUCUAUAUGGACAUGCAAUCUCUGAAUGGGGAAAUCAUAUUAGAAUGUCGAGCAGGUUCAGCAGCAAUGUUUUAUUGUGCCUUGGGAUAUUUGGGCUUCCUGGCUGUUGUCAGCUUCAUAGUGGCUUUCCUUGCCAGGAAGUUACCUGACAGUUUCAAUGAAGCCAAAUUUAUCACCUUCAGCAUGUUGGUCUUUUGCAGCGUGUGGUUGUGCUUCAUUCCGACUUACUUUAGCACCAAAGGGAAAUAUAUGGUGGCUGUGGAGAUCUUCUCCAUUUUGGCCUCUAGCGCUGGUUUACUUGUCUGCAUUUUUUCCCCUAAAUGCUACAUCAUUAUUCUAAGGCCUGAGCUGAACAACAAGCUGCAGUUAAUAAAGAGAAAGAAUUAA